UUUGCGCACGGCACGCACCGUUUUUGAUGAUAUAUUCCUCUUCAAUUACUCUAUUAUUUUAAACAAUUUACUUGCACGCUACGUUCCGUCAGGACACGUCCUUGCUUCGCAUCAUACAAUUCUAGAAACAAAAAUCCAAAGACAUGGCAACUCAAGGAAAACCAAUCACUUGCAAAGCUGCAGUGUGCUGGGCCCCAAAGACCCCAUUGGUCAUUGAAGAUGUUGAGGUUGCUCCACCAAAUGCCCAUGAGGUUCGCAUUCAAAUCAUCCAUACUGCAGUCUGCCACACAGAUGCUUACACAUUGGAAGGUCAUGAUGCUGAGGGUGUCUUCCCUGUUGUCUUAGGACAUGAAGGAGCUGGCAUUGUUGAGAGUGUUGGGGAGGGUGUCACCUGUGUCAAACCAGGUGAUAAAGUUAUCCCUCUAUAUAUUCCACAAUGCAAGGAAUGCAAAUUCUGCAAGUCGCCAAAGACGAACUUGUGCCAGAAAGUUCGCAGCACUCAAGGACGCGGUGUUUUGCCCGAUGGAACCACCAGGUUCACCUGCAAAGGAAAACCCAUCUACUCUUUCAUGGGUUGCUCCACCUUCAGUCAGUACACGGUAGUCGCCGAUAUUUCUGUAUGCAAAAUCAACGAUGACUCCCCUCUGGAUAAGGUAUGCCUUUUGGGAUGUGGAGUACCGACCGGUUACGGUGCGGCCCUCAACACAGCCCAAGUUGAUAAGGGCAGCAAUUGCGCCAUCUGGGGAUUAGGAGCGGUAGGAUUGGCUGUUGCUUUAGGUUGCAAAACUGCAGGAGCGUCGAGGAUCAUCGGUGUGGACAUCAACCCGUCCAAAUUCGAGGUUGCUAAGAAGUUCGGUGUCACCGAAUUCGUCAACCCCAAGGAUCACGAGAAGCCCAUCCAGGAUGUCCUCGUGGAAAUGACCGACGGAGGUCUGGACUACACCUUCGAGUGCGUUGGUAACGUUCACACCAUGAGAUCCGCCCUGGAGGCGUGUCACAAGGGAUGGGGAGUGUCCACGAUCGUGGGCGUAGCCGCCGCCGGUCAAGAGAUCGCGACCAGACCAUUCCAAUUGGUCACCGGGCGUGUCUGGAAGGGAACCGCCUUCGGAGGUUGGAAGAGUGUGGACAGCGUGCCAAAGUUAGUCGAAGAUUACUUGAACAAAAAAUUGAUGCUCGACGAGUUCAUCACGCACAACAUGCCCCUGGAUCAAAUAAACCAAGCUUUCCAUCUCAUGCACACUGGGGAAAGCCUCCGCGCCGUUAUCCAAUUGUAAAACGAGUACAAAGUAUUAUGUAAUAAUAAUAAAAUAAAAUACUCUGUUUCA